ACUUCUCUCUCUCUCUUUUUGCUUUCCAAAAUUCACUCCCUGUCACAGAAUCAGAAUCAGAAAGAGAUGAAGGUGAAAGAACAUCAUUUGGAUAUUGCAGAAGUGCUACAGAAAGGCAGUCUUUGGAUUUUCUCAUCAGAUUUGCAUGCCGAACUAAACACAAACCAUCAACUCACAUGAAUUCCUUCCCAUGGACCGAGGUCACAAUGGAUUUUUGGAUCAAAGCGGCAGCUUUGGCUCGCCCCUAAAGGACAAUCACUGCAGCCGAGGCAAUUGCAGGGUACGGUGCAGCGAGAACACCCAAAGGUGGUUCGAAGAUUGUGAUUUGGUCGUGUGAGUUAUGCGCUUCUGUGGUCAACAAGUGAAACUGAGCAUCCACAGACAUUCAGAUGCAGAUACACAACGUCUGAGGGGAGUACUGUUCGCACAGUGAGAGGAAGAGCUGCUGUGUGGAACAUAACGACGAAGCAAAUUAAUCUGAUCCAAAAAGGCCUUGUUUUUAUCCAAAAUGAGGAAGGAGACUACUUUUUUGUCAAGCACAAAACAGGAGUUAUACCCUGGUUUGUUGGGGUAAUGCUUGAAAAUAUCAACAGAACUUUUCUUGUAGUCACAGACAGUGUUGAAAGACCAAUGAAGGAAUCAGACCAAACCAAGGAUAACCCCCUGACAUUGGAUUUCGACCAAUCCUGGGGUUCAUUCGGAAAACCAGCUGCACGUCUUUGCCUCGACACCUUGGAUUUCUCAGACCUCUGGGACGAGGAAGACAGUACCGAAGACGAGGGAUCCAAUUCCACCAAUGAAUCAUCGACGGGUUGCCUCCAAGCCCCUCCAGCACCCCCUCCUCUUCCUCCCCCUCCUCCACCUUUGACCUUGCCCUCCCAUAAAGGUGCAUCCACCAAAUCUCGUACCUUGAAGCUCCACUGGAGGGAACUGCCGAGUUUAGCUCCACUUCCCAGGAUGACGCGCUUUGGGACUCAGACUAUUUGGGCCGGGCUUGAGCCGGUGCAUUUGGAUACAAACCGGCUGGAGUACCUGUUUGAAUCUAAGGGCACCAGCACCACUUUUAAUGUGGCUUUUGGGAGGCAGAAGCAGCCAUCAGUUUCAGUGUUGGCGAUGAAGAGGAGUAACAUCAUAACCAUCGCUCUGAGCAGCCUCCCCCCUCCCCGCCUCCUCCCCCCUGCCAUCUACAGCAUGGACAGCAGUGUGCUGGACAGAGACGACGUUCAGCGGCUUAAAGAGCUAAUCCCAACAGAAGAGGAGCUGAGUCUGAUCAAGGAGGCCAAGGCCCUGAACCCCCACUCGCCUCUGGCCCCUGCCGAGCUCUGCCUGCUCACUUUGGGGGAAAUACCACAUCUGAACUCCAGGCUUCAGCUGUGGGCCUUUGCGCUGGACUACGACUCGUUAGAAAGGGAAGUUGCUGAGCCUCUCUUCCAUCUGAAGUUGGCCAUGGAGCAGCUUGCAGCCAGCCAGACCUUCAGAUGUAUUCUAGCAACCGUGUUAGCGAUUGGUAACUUUCUCAAUGGAUGCAAGGCCCGUGGUUUUGAGCUGAGUUACCUGGGGAAGCUUUCCCAGGUGAGGGACACGCACACUCGCCAACCUCUUCUGCUUCACGUCUGCGUGUUACUGUUGCAACUUUACCCACAAUCCUCUGACCUCUACUCGGACAUCACUGCUGUUACUAAAGCUGGCAAGUUCGACUACUCCCUAGUGCAGUCCAACCUCUCCCAGCUGGAGGCCCUGUGCAAAGCAUCAUGGGAACAGCUAAAGAUUUUGGACAAGGCAGAGAAGAAGACAAAAUAUAGAAAUGAGAAGAAGAGAGGAGGAGGAAGUGAUGCUUUGGCCUCAGAGGGCUCGCUUCGUCACCGGCUGCCAAAGAUUUUUAAAGAGUACGAGGAAAGGCUGAAGGUCCUGAAGGCCGUCCAUCGGCGGGUUAUCAACAGGUUCCACUCUUUCCUCUUAUUCCUGGGCUACUCCCGAGCUAUGGUGAGAGCCACGAAGGCGGAGGACUUCUGUAAAACCAUCAGCAACUUUUCCUUGGAGUACAGGAGUACAAGACAGGCCGUCCUCAUGCAGCGAGAGAGGGAAUGCCAGAAAAGUGGAUCAGAGAGCCCAGGCCCUAAUACGCCUGUAGGCCGGAGGAAACGCCAACAAACUCCAACAGAGGAAAAUGAAGAGCAGUGUAAGCUGGAGGAAGUUCUGAAAACACCUGAUUUCAACCUGAGACUGGAUUCCAGUUUGCCUCGAAACCGCAGGAAGAUCACUGACAUCGAAGGUCCAUUCUCACGGAAAAUGAAGUGGUGACCCUGCUGAUACACUUUAGAGAUGUUCAGUCACUGUUGGAACCAAGUUGUUUGUAAUUGUUAUUUAUGACAUUGUUGUUAAAAGUGACUUUUUUGCCUCGCAGUUUUGUUUAGCAGUACGGUUCAUAGAAUUUCACAUCCAAUAUGUAUCCAUUUUAAAGAAAUUAUGCAAAAUC